AUGUCGUGGGGUAUUCGUCCUCGUGGUUGUUAUGCUCCUCGUUACUGUAAGUUGGCUGAUGACCCUUAUACCUUUUUAAACAAACACAAACAUAUCGAGCUGCAAAGGGUGGAAGGUUCUGGGGUACAAAAACAAAGGUCAGUGGUGAUUGAGGAUAUAGGAUGUGCUGAUUCUAUUCCUCUUGUUCCUUAUAAGACAAAGAGCAAUGUUGAGUAG